CGCGGGGAGCGUAAACAAAGCGGCGCCCUGUGGGAAGAGGGAAGCGCUACGUGCAGGAAGGGAGAGCCUCCAUCUUAGGCGCUCGUCGCGGCGGCGGGAUGGCGACGGAUGGCCGGGAGGAGAAGGAUGGUGAACUGAAUGUUCUGGAUGACAUUUUAACUGAUGCUCCUGACCAGGAUGAUGAGUUGUAUAACCCCGACAGUGAGCAAGACAAAAGUGAGAAAAAGGGAUCAAAAAGAAAAACUGACAGGAUGGAAAAUGCUGAAAGCAAGAGGCAAAAACCUUCUGUGCAUUCCUCGAGGCAGAUGAUGCCAAAGCCUCCCAGUUCAUCAGUUAGCAAUAACAAGAGAAUAGUGAGUACGAAAGGAAAGCUGGUGUCAGAAUACAAGACCGAGGAGUAUCAGAGAUCUGACAGAAACAAGCGCCCAGAUGUCGAUCGGAAGAUGCGAAUGUCAAGCAGUUCCAGGGAACCUUAUAAAGUACAACCAGAAAAAUCUUACAUGAGGAAGAGGGAUAUUGACAGGAGGGCAAAGUCUUCUACACCGGAUGGUUCAGAGAGAAUCAGGCAUGAUGUGGAUAGAAGACCAAGCAGAUCUAGCCAUUCUUCUAAAGAAGAGGUGAACUCUGAGGAAUAUUGUUCAGAUCACGAGACUGGCAGUAGUGGUUCCUCUGAACAAGGCAACACAGAGAAUGAGGAGGAAGGAAUGGAAGAAGAGGAAGAUGAUGAAGGGGAGGAGGAUGAAGAGGUGGAAGAAGAUGGGGAGGAAGAUGAAGAAGAGUAUGAACAGGAUGAGAGGGAUCAGAAGGAAGGAAAUGACUAUGACACACGGAGUGAAGCCAGCGAUUCUGAUUCUGAAUCUGCCUCUUUCACAGAUGGGUCAGUCAGAUCUGGGUCUGGUUCAGAUGCAUCAGACGAGAAAAAGAAGGAGAGGAAGAGAGCUAGAGGUAUCUCUCCAAUUGUUUUUGACAGAAGUGGGAGUUCUGCAUCAGAAUCAUAUGCAGGUUCAGAAAAGAAGCAUGAGAAAUUAUCAUCUUCCGUUCGUGCUGUCCAAAAAGACCAAACAAGCAAACUUAAAUACAUUCUCCAAGAUGCAAGAUUCUUUCUCAUCAAGAGUAAUAACCAUGAAAAUGUAUCGCUUGCUAAGGCAAAGGGAGUAUGGUCAACACUUCCAGUGAAUGAAAAGAAGCUUAAUGCUGCAUUUAGAUCAGCAAGGAGUGUUAUUUUGAUAUUUUCCGUAAGAGAGAGUGGCAAAUUCCAAGGGUUUGCAAGAUUAUCUUCAGAGUCCCAUCAUGGAGGAUCACCUAUACAUUGGGUGCUGCCUGCAGGAAUGAAUGCAAAAAUGUUGGGAGGUGUCUUUAAAAUUGACUGGAUUUGCAGGCGGGAAUUGCCGUUCACUAAAUCUGCUCACCUGACCAAUCCUUGGAACGAACAUAAGCCAGUAAAGAUUGGACGCGAUGGACAGGAAAUUGAGCCGGAAUGUGGAACCCAACUUUGUCUUCUCUUCCCUCCUGAUGAAAGUAUUGACUUGUAUCAAGUCAUUCAUAAAAUGAGGCACAAGAGAAGAAUGCACUCACAACCCCGAUCAAGAGGACGCCCAUCCCGUCGAGACCCCGUUCGGGACGUGGGAAGGCGUCGACCAGAAGAUUAUGAUAUUCAUAACAGCAGAAAGAAACCAAGGAUUGACUAUCCCCCUGAGUUUCACCAAAGACCAGGGUAUAUAAAGGAUCCCAGAUAUCCCGAAGUAGACAGACGAUUUUCAGGAGUUCGACGCGAUGUAUUUUUAAAUGGGUCCUACAAUGAUUACGUGAGGGAGUUCCACAACAUGGGACCACCACCACCAUGGCAAGGAAUGCCACCGUAUCCAGGUAUGGAGCAGCCACCACACCACCCUUACUAUCAGCACCAUGCACCUCCACCUCAAGCUCACCCUCCAUACUCAGGACAUCAUCCUGUACCUCAUGAAGCGAGAUACAGAGACAAACGAGUACACGACUAUGACAUGAGAGUAGACGACUUCCUUCGUCGCACACAAGCUGUUGUCAGUGGUCGGAGAAGCCGGCCCCGGGAGAGGGACCGAGAGCGGGAGCGUGACCGGCCUCGCGAUAAUCGGAGAGACAGAGAACGUGACAGAGGCCGUGAUCGGGAAAGGGAGAGAGAAAGGAUUUGCGACCGGGACAGAGACAGAGGUGAAAGAGGUAGAUACCGAAGAUAAUCUAUCUGGAACAGUGCUCACUUGAAACAAAAAAAGCUUGUAUUUUUUUGUGUGUUUACAAGUAGUACAUUUUAUUUUCAGCUGUCUACUUAAAGUUCGUUGUGUAGAAGGAUUUAUAAUGACCCUCUCUAUUCCAAGCAUGCAGUGAACUAUGAACUGGAAAAACUCAAAUAGGCCAAAAAUAAAAUACACAAAGCUGACACUCAACUUCAUGUUUCUAUUGGAACUAAGUUGGAAGUAGCUAAGAAUGUAGAUAUUGAUUAAUUCUCGAUAAGUGUUCUACUUAGUGACUUCAUUCUAGGUUUUUGAAUACUGAUGGAUAACUGCCUUUUUUUUUUUUUUUUUUUUUUUGCUUUGAUGUUUUCUUCUGUAGUUUCAUAUGGUUCGAUGGGAGAAUGCUGCUAUCAAGUAUGCAAAUACUGAAGUAUGAUCUCUUUUUCUUUUUUUUUGACGGUAUGGCAGUGUUGUAGCAGCCUUUUUUCCAACCCUCUUUCCCCCCCAUUUUUUAACCCUAUCUGUGAAGUCAAGUGGUUUUUUUUUAGUCUUCAGUAAGAAAAGCAAUAUUAAGAAGACACUAUUGAUACCUAAUUUUUAGCCUUUUUUAAAAAUCUUCCCGUAUUCAGUAACAUUUUGGUCAAUUCUCUUGUCUGGUCUCUUUCCAAAAUGUACACAUUGCUUGGAAUGUUCACAACCUGCGUGCGUGGAACCAGAAAAUAUUGCUGUAUUCUACAUUGCUACCAUUUUUUUUUAUAUAAAAAUAAAUUGGUAACUAUUGAAAUGUUUAAAACUGCAUGUCAGGUUUCUUGGUUUUCUAAGCUUGACAGCUUUGCUAGAUUCCAGCAGUUCUAGGAAAAGAUCUAUGUUCAGAAAUAGCUCAAAUGUUCUUUGUGGUAAGUGAAAUUGAUCUGAAGCCUGAAUUUAGGACAAGGACUGUUGAUAUGAAAGGUAAUUGCAUUUCUGCUUCCAUAGUGAAGUAGCCAGUAACUCCUGCAGCUCAUCAGAGUUAUUAGGGCCCUACAUGUUCAACUUAAUCAUAUGGUCUUCAAGCUGUUGAGAAGCUGUCCUCAGCCACAAUGUACCUGUCUCAGGAAUGUGUUAGUCCUGCAAUAUCCAGAGUCUGCACAUACGUUCUUUGUAGUCAUCACUUGUUACUUCUCUUAAAUAAGAAAUAUUUUACCUAAAUGCCAAUGGUAAAACUGUGAGGGGGAAAAAAAACUUGUAGUGAAAGUUCUUCAGUUUGUCCAGCAAUUUCCAACUUUCCAAAACUUGUAAGAGUAGCACUGCUUUGGUGGACUUCUUAAACUUCCUUCAAUGUCUUCUCAUGUAAAAAAUCCAGACUGUGCUCAGCUCCACCCUGCUCGGUGCUGCAGCUAUUUUUAUAAAAGGCAGUAUAGGACUGGCCACUGUGUGGCAUUUGUGGAAAUGUGUUUUUUUGAUCUGGCAAUAAUUUGUGCUCUGUUUAUUUUAGUCUACAGUCACAGUAAACAUCUACAUGUAUUAAACAAAAAGUUAGACCUCCAA